AUGUCCCCAAAAUCGGAUAUGCACUCAUUCGACGUGGGACAACCUUUGAUGCGGGGAACAUUCGUGGUGUUUCCAGGGGAGCACCAUGAGGAGUAUGGGAGUAGUGGUGUGCGAUCUGAAGCUUUAUUGGCCUUUGUUGGUUUGGCAGUUGAGGAUGAUUUACGGGGUCGAAAGCUUAAGGGCUCUAUGUGA